AUCUGGGGAAGCAGCAAAUGGACCCAUGAAGCUGAUGAGCUGCUGCAAUCCAUGGCAGCUGGGCUAUAAAAGAACAGCUGCUGGACUUGAAAGUAACCCAGCCCUGACACUUUAUAACUGUGCGACAUUGGGACAAUUACUUCACCUCUUUGUCACUCAUUUUCCUUUUCUGUAAAAUGGUAAUAAGACUUGAAAUACUAACCACAAAAUGUUUUGAGGAAAGGACUUUGUAAACUCCAAAAGGGGCUCAGAAAUGAAGUUAUUAUUAACAAUUUCAAGGUAUAUUGACCAAAGGCCAAAAGACAAAAAAACUCUAUACAGCUUCUUUCUCAUUAGAAACAAAACAAAACCCUCUUAAUUUAUAUUUGAAAAUAAUCUUCUAAACCAGUAGCAUAUUUGGAAGGGAAAAAAGGACUGGCCAGACCUGAGAACUUUCAUGUACGCAUAAAAUGGUUCCCUUUGACAGCCAAAAUGCAGAGCAGACCUCUAACAGGCUCUUUGGACAUCUUUUUAGAUACUAGCUAAAGCGAAUAGUUGGCCAGGAGAAAUACCCACGUCCAACUCCCUCAGGAAAACACGUGGCCGGAGGGGAGUCGUCGCGGCCCUCGCGAGACUCCAAGUUCCAGCAUCGCCUCGGACCAAGCCCGCAAGUUCUGCAGCAAGUUGAGCGCAGUGCAUGCCGGGACUUGUGGUUCCUCUCCCUCAGCCGUCUUUUUCGCCCUUUUGCGACGUUUCGCGACGGCUGCGCCGGCCGGCAGGAGGUGGCAGCAGCUGAGGCCGUGGUGGCUGAGUGCCGGCUGAUGAGAAGAGGCUUCCUAAGCUUCGGGUUGUUGCGAAAUCUGGCCGGGAGCGGGGGGCGACUCGGGGCGCGGGGCCUCCGAGACGGAGCGGCCAUGGCGGCGGGGGAGAGCAUGGCGCAGAGGAUGGUCUGGGUGGACCUGGAGAUGACGGGAUUGGACAUAGAGAAGGACCAGAUCAUUGAAAUGGCCUGUCUCAUAACAGACUCUGACCUCAACAUUUUGGCUGAAGGUCCUAACCUGAUUAUAAAUCAGCCAGAUGAGUUGUUGGACAGCAUGUCAGAAUGGUGUAAGGAACAUCAUGGGAAGUCUGGUCUUACCAAGGCAGUGAAGGAGAGUACAAUUACACUGCAGCAGGCAGAGUAUGAAUUUCUGUCCUUUGUACGACAGCAGACUCCUCCGGGGCUCUGUCCACUUGCAGGAAAUUCAGUUCACGCAGAUAAGAAGUUUCUUGACAAAUACAUGCCCCAGUUCAUGAAACAUCUUCAUUAUAGGAUAAUUGAUGUGAGCACUGUUAAAGAACUGUGCAGACGCUGGUAUCCAGAAGAAUAUGAAUUUGUACCAAAGAAGGCUGCAUCUCACAGGGCAUUGGAUGACAUCAGUGAAAGCAUUAAGGAACUUCAGUUUUAUCGGAAUAAUAUCUUCAAGAGAAAAACAGAUGAAAAGAAGAGGAAAAUUAUAGAAAAUGGAGAAAAUGAGAAGACUGUGAGUUGAUGACGUGUCUCAUGCUGCCACAUUACUCCCUGGAUAUGACUUCUGGGGAUUUUUGUUCACCCUAAUUGUUUGGGAAAGCAUCUCCAUUCAUUUACCUUGCAUCUUCACAUAGUUCAAGCAGACUGAGUCUGAAAUACAGUUUUUCUAAGUUAGGGCUGUGAAUCUGUCAUUUAAAUCUCAGCAGCUCUUUUGUUUCUAGGUACCAGGUCACUUAUGCCACUUGGUACACAUCUGCAUCUGCUUUUAGACCAAAACACUUUUCUUUUGUUAAAAAAUAAAACUAGUUCAACUAAAAUGCAA